GUUACCGCUAGCAGGCGCACGUUUGUUUUGCACCUUGAUUCUAUUUUGUUUUGUUUUGGCGUUGAAGCAAGAUAAACCCUUGUCUACAAUGUCUGCCGGAGUUGAGGAUAUUAAGCUGGAGUCGUUGUCCCUCGAUGAGGGCAUCCGCGAGUCGCCGGUCUGCAUAAUUGUGCUGGGAAUGGCCGGCAGCGGCAAGACCACGUUUACCCGCAGUCUCAUCCAGCAUGCCCAGGACAAAUUUAAUCCUUACGUGGUCAACCUGGAUCCGGCGUGCCGGGAGGUUCCGUAUGCAGCCCAUGUGGACAUCCGGGACACGGUCAACUACCGCGAGGUGAUGAAGCAGUAUCAGCUGGGCCCAAACGGCGGCAUUGUAACCGCCCUGAACAUGUUCACCACCAAAAUGGCCCAAUUCGCUGAGCUAGUGCGUCGCGCCGGCCAGCGGGGACACAAAUGGUGUGUGAUCGACACUCCCGGACAGAUUGAGGUGUUCACUUGGUCUGCAUCCGGUAAUAUAAUUACCGAAGGACUGGCCACCAUGUUCCCUACCAUCGUCAUCUACGUGAUGGACGUCGUGCGUAGCGCCUGUCCCACCACGUUCAUGUCCAACAUGCUCUACGCCUGCUCCAUUCUGUACAAGACCCGGUUGCCCUUCCUGGUGGCGCUGAAUAAGAUCGACCUGCAAGACUGCAGCUUUGUGCUGGACUGGAUGACGGAUUUCGAGACCUUCCAGGAGGCUCUAGAACAGGAACAGAGCUUCGUGAGCAAUCUCACUCGCACAAUGUCGCUUACUCUGGACACUUUCUACGAAAACCUUAACACUUGUGGCGUUUCGGCUAAGACGGGCGUUGGUUUUUCCCAGCUGCUCGGAAAGAUUCUCGAUUGUGAGACUGAGUACCUGCGGGACUACAAACCGGUGUACGAAAAGAUGCGCCAGGAGCGACUAGCGGAGCAGGCAGCAGGUCACAAACCAACUGAGAAUGUAGAGGAGGCAGGCGUUGCUGUUCCCCUGGGAUUGGGUCUUCAGGACCCACCCUCAAACUCUGCAAACAGCGUAUUCCUAAUGGCACCUGGUCUUGUGCCCCAAACCGCCGAGAAUGAGCAAGAAGAGGAUAUAGAGGAGGACCCCAAGGGCACCAUGGAGGACCAAAACUUCCAAAGCUUCGUACAGAAUCACCUGAACAUACAGCAAAGUAAGCGAGAUAAACUGCAGCCGGGACAGUCGCAGCCCUAAAGUGAUAUGGAAUAAGUUUUAGUUAUAAGCGGUAAAGAUCUGUUUUCGUUAAUAUAGAUUCAUAUUCUAAGAAAUGUA